AUCGGCUGUGGUGCCGGGACUUGGACCCCUGCCGAUCUAGUAAUGAUAACUUAUCCUCAGGACAGACCAUCAUCAUCUUUUCCAGGAUAACCCAAUUAAGAAAUAGGGUACAUGUGCAUUCUCAGGAAUGUAGGCAAGUCUCCCCCACAGCUGGCAGUCUGGUCAGCCCUAGUGGUGGUCAAUUAUGGGCCGCUCCUAUGAACUAAGUCAGUUACGUGAUCAGCUCAAGUGCAUCAUGACUAUGAAAGGUGGCAAGGGGCCCAUGACUAUACCGCUUCUCAGUCCACCACUGUGCUGCACUCAGAAGAGAUUAAAAAGGAGUCAAUACAGAUUAGAGAUUAUUGGAAAAAUGUCUGUUCCCGUGUAGAACUCGCUAACACGUCAGCAUGUUAUUGAAAUUUAAGUCUAGCCAGGGGCAGAACAACUUAAUAAAUUCAUAAAAAGGUGAGGCCCGACAUUGCAGACUCGCCCAGAUUUGGAAUAAGGUAAAACAAGCUCCACUAGAUUUCAAGAGACAUUUUUCAACUCGUCUAUUUUUUUUUGAGAAUGGCGUCUACUGAUGUGACAGAAAGUCUCAUCUGCUCCAUCUGUCUGAUUAUCUGUGAGGAUCCUAUAAAGCUGAGAUGUGGACACAACUUCUGCAGGGAAUGUAUUCAGUACCUGCUGGAUAACCUGGAGGGAUCUGGAGAUUUUACCUGUCCGGAGUGCAGAGCCGAGUGUCGAGAACAUCCUGUUCUCCCAAGGAAACAGCUUUUGAGUGAAGAUAAUGGGAUCUUCUGUACCGAAUGCACAUUUUCUCCUCUACCUGCUGUGAUAUCUUGUUUGUACUGUGGAGCUUCUCUAUGUGAUAAUCACUUGCGAGUCCACAGCAAGUCAGAGGAGCACGUUCUCACUAAACUGAAUUUGACAUGUUCCACUCACAAGAAAGCCUCCACGUAUUACUGUUCUGAAGAUGCAGCUUGUAUCUGCGUCACAUGCUUGCUUUCUGAAGAACAUCAAGGACACCAGGUGGAGCCACUGACUGACACCUCAGAUGAUAAGAAAGAAAAACUAUUAUAUGUUCUUGAGACACUGGUCAAAAACAAAAAGGCUGCAGAGGAAAAAGUUGAAGACCUACAAAACUAUCUAAGAGAAGCCCAAGAACAUGCAUGUGGAGUGACCGAGAAAGUUGUGGCACUGUUUAGAGACACUAGAAGAGAGCUGGAUGCCCUAGAACAUAAAAUCCUCAAUUACAUCUCCAACCAGGUGGAGGAGGCCAGAGCUUCAGUCUGCGAUCGACUCCACGAGCUGGAAAUACAGAUAACUGAACUGUCCAGAGAAAUAAGGGACAUGGAGGAGCUAUGCACCAGGACAGAGCCUUUGCCGGUCUUACAAAGAUGGGAGUCUCUCAGGCAUGACAUUGGGGAUGCCCCCAAUCAGGCUCGGAGUGAUGUGGAUGUAGGCCUGAUCUCAGCAACUCUACACACAGCCCUUUCAGAUAUUGUGACCAGGGCGAAAAGGGGUUUCUAUGUCCAGCAGACACCAGACAUUGUGCUGAACUUGAACACCGCUUCUAAUGAUAUACUUAUUACUACUGACCUUAAAAGUGCAUCUGGGUCACAGUUUAAGCCGAAUUGCCCAAAAUUACCAGAGAGAUUUCAGUAUAACCAAGUUUUAAGCACCAGGAGUUUCCCUUCUGGUAGACAUUUCUUAGAAGUGGAGACUUGUCACACUGGGAAUUGGAGGCUAGGAAUGUCCUACCCCAGCAUUGCCAGGAAAGGCUACCACUCGCUCAUCGGUCAUAGUAACAAGUCGUGGGGUUUGUGCAGAUAUCUGAACCAGUAUUUUGUACUACACGACAGGAAGUUCAUUCCUGUUCCCCACAAGCCAUCUUCUCAGAGGUUGGGGAUAUUCCUGGAUUACGAGGCUGGCUACUUGGGAUUUUAUGAGUUGUGUGAUCCCAUAAGGCACCUGCAUACCUACAGCACCAAGUUCAUUGAAGCUCUUUAUUUUAUACUUGGUGUGUACACGGGAUGGGUAAGAAUUAGAAACUAGUUCUAACAAUCUGGGGACCAAUUCUGGUUGGUUCCAUUGUGGAGAUUUAUGUUUAAAGAGGGUUUUCAAGUUUGGCGUACAAGGUUCGGGUUAUCCAAGUAUACCAUUAUGAAUUCCACUGCCACGGACCACAAGUUAUGGUCCGUAGUAGCGGAAUCCAUCAUGGAAUUCUUAGAUAACCCAAACCUGGUACGCCAAACAUCGAAAAACACACAUCCGUUCCACACUAGUCUCCACCUAAAUGUACUUGUAGAAACUAGUUUAGAAGGAAUGUCUCAAUGGCAACCCCUCUACAGAUGUGCCAUAUCCCUCUACUCCAUUGGUACCCACCGGUCUUUACUGACUAGCACUGCAGCGACUACAUACACGUGAUGCUGUAGACUGACUGGCUGACAUAUAGGGCCCGUCGUCACUAAAUAGAGACCAAAUGGGACACUGGGGACUGAACAGGCAAGUUGCAUAUUUUCCACUUAUUUCAUAAUUUUUUUUGAUCUUCAGUAUUUUAUUUCUGAAUUCCAGACAACCCCUUUAAUCUCUGUCAUAUGCUAAAUCAUUCAUUCAGUGGCCUAGCUAUAAGGUGCAGAUGUGACAUCACACCCAAAGCCUGGUAUCCUUCCACUGUACAAAAAGCACAGUAGUGCUAUAGUCCUAUAGCAUGUGAUGGUUCAGAAAUAUAACUGUCUAGAUAUACAGUCAUUGGAGCAUAGCUAGUCAGAUUUGCCAGUCUGGACCCUGGGAAACCCAGCUUUGCCAGAAAGAGGUCAUGGAAACAACUUGUAUUUAAAACUUAAAGGGGUUGUCCAGGAUAAUAAGAACAUGGACGCUUUCUUCUAGAACAGCGUGUACCUAUCCACAGGUUGCUGUGUGGUGUUGCAGCUCAGCCCCUUUCACUUCAGAGUCAAGCCGUUUUACCACAUAACAAUUUUACAGCCCUUUAUCCAUAAUACAUACGACACACUUAGAAAGUCAUGACACUGCUAGGAUAACGGAACAUGGAUGUAUAUUAUGGGAAGGUAUUGGGGUAAAUAGGCAAAGUAAAAUGAUCUUUGUCCUCUCUGCCUGUAGAAACCACUAGAGGGAGCUCAGGAGCUUACUGUAUACUGUGGAUCUGUCAGCAGUUUUGUACCUAUGACACUGGCUGAUCGUGUUGGUUCCAUGUCCAUAUAUGCCCAUUUUUCUCAGCAAUGUGAGGUUUUAAAAUAUGCAAAUGAGCCUCUAAGAGCAACAGGGGCGUUGCCAUUACACCUAGAGGCUCUGUUGCUAUCUCUGCAACUGCAGCGCCCUCUUUACUUUGAUAGGGCCAUUAAUGAUGACGUUUUCACUGCCUGGCCCUGUCAAAAUGGAGAGGGCGUAGUAGUUAGGCCUAUUG